AUCAGAAGGCGCAGUGGAUUAUUGUGAGUUCCAAACAAAGCCCAAAACGUAUCAUCUCCCCGACACGCAAUGAGGCAAGGUGAUUCUCGUCUGAGCUGCAACGAAAUCGGGAAUAACCAGAAGUCCUCGGCCAGGGCGCCACCUAAUCCUCAUCCGAUCCGACUGUAAAUCCCCGUCAUCAGGUCUCUGCUUUCGGACAACCAGUCUGCCGCAACAUCCAAUGCCCGUUCGAAUAGAGAACCCAUCGCAGUAGAAAGGUAACCAUAGGCCAGCGGCCAAGGAGGAGCAGGCGGACCCCGAGACGACGGCCAUGGCGCCCUUCAAGCUCAAGUUCCGGAUGGGCAGUUCGCGGAGCACCUCGCAGGAGCACGAUCCCGACCCGCAGGUGAACGAGGCGCUCCUGGGCGGCCAGAGCCAGCAGCAGCCGCAUCCGCAGCCCCUCCAGGAGGCGGUGGAGGCCAGCAGCAGCUCCAGCCUCGAUCUCGCCGACUCCAGCAGCCUCGGCCAGCUGAGCAGCGAGCGCAAGCUGCUCCUGCCGCCCACCACCAGCAACACCAUGCGAAUGGGAUAUCUGAACCAGAGCCGCAAUCCGUGCAUCAACGAAUCUUUGACGGAUGCGGAUGGGGAUACCGUGCCCACCACCCCACCGCCCUCCUACGAGCAUGUGCUAGAAGAGAACACUCGGUUGUCCCAGCACCAGCGACAGUUGUCCCUGGACAGCGCCACUCCGAAUCAGAACAGCCGGCGCAGCUCGGCGAACAGCUCGCGGCACAGCGCCGCCCAGCUGAGUGCCGCCUUGGAGCAGCUGGCCGGGAAUGGAGCAGCUGGCGCCGGAGAAUUCUGCAAUGACCCGGACUGCAGGCAGAACCUGAACAACAACGGCGCCACUAGCCACAGCAGCAUCCAUAUCCAGAACACGAACAACAACAACGACGGGGAGCAGGUCUUCGAGGGCGUCACCGAACUGGAACUGCGGAGCGACAACGAGGAGCAGCUGAGCAUCAACGAGUUCCUGCUGGAGACGGAGAUGGCGGGCACUCCGUCGCGCCGUUCGGCGGAUCAGUAUGCAGGAGGUGGAGCAGGAGCAGCAUUGGAUGAGGAUGAGUGCGGCCAGUGCCAGGACGAUCAGUGUGCCCAGUGCAGGGAUGAGCGAGCCUGUGGCGAGGGUGCUGGCCCCGAGGCGACCUUCGACGGGGAUGGCGCCAGCACCAGCAGCCAGGCGGCGGCCUCAUCUGGAGGGGGCCACAAUUUUUACGAUCCUCUCCUGAAUCGCGGCGGCUAUGCCAACUACAAUGAAGAAACUUAUUCUACAUACCUAAUUCCCACGCCAGGUGGGAACGCGAGUUCGGGAUCCGGAUCGGGUCAGUUGUGCCAGGAGGCCUGCUGCACGGGCUCCGCCUCCGGAUCGACUGCCUCCCGCAGCGGGCGGAGUGGCAGGCGGCAGAACCAAAUGGGCCAGCAGCCCAACUGCCACACCAGCCUGCUGACGCCGGAGAUGAUGAGCAACAAGACGAGCAAGGAGAUCUACAAGGACCUGGCGAAGCAGUGGGGAAUCACCUGCAAGAUGUCGGAGAGCUGUCGCUGCAUGGAGUGCCAGAGCCACUACUUCGACUGCGACUACGACGAUAACGAACACCAGAAGACGGAUGGCGGGCUGGGCGCAGGCACGCCCAUGUUCAUCAGCGAGGUGAUGCACGGAUCUGGGUGCAACAUUUUGUAGGGGGACGACAUCCGCAGGACUCCCCAAGGAUUUGCUGAACAACUACAAUUAUUUAUCCGCAUUGUACAUGUUUUGAGGGAAGCGUCAUUUCACGUAACUAGCACUGAAUGUUUGCACAUUAUUCUAGGGUAAUGCUGCACUGAUAUAUGUUAUUAAAGAGGGAAUCGGGAUUCGGGAACCGAGGAGGGGAACAUUUAUGGAGUGCCAUUUGGCCAGCCGCUUUAGGGGCUUUAAAAGUGGGGAAACUACCAGCGAAUCAGGCGGUAAAUAUAUAUUUUUGGUGUUAGCCAUAGGUCUUGGGGGAAUCGGAAUGGAGGCGAAGAAACUACGAAAUUAAUUGAUAGGUAAUAACCCACCUUGCAGAUGAACAUCUAAAUAUCCUUGAGUGUGUUCUCUAACCGCUUUAUCGGUGAAUAUUUGGAACUUAUAUAUCCCAUUCGAAAGACUCUUAAACUUUUUUUGCCCAACCUUUGAGCUUGUCACCCCGACUUCUUCAUAAGAAUUCCCCAGCUGCUUAGCCCCCAAUGUUUAUAUGUAUUUUUCUAAAUGUACAGAAGAUGUUUAGUGGAUCGAACACGACCCCAGAGAAGGUCAAGGGUGAGACGAGCGGCAUUCCAGUGCAUCUUCAAAUCGAACUCUAAGCGUUUUCAAAACACAUUGGAGAGUUCCAGGCGAAAGUACUCGUAGAGCCGGAAGACCCGCGUAGGCAACGCUACUAGUCAAUGUUAUCCACAUCAGCAAAGCGUAGAAUAAGCAUGUCGGCACUUUUGUGCCCGUUUUAGACCCAAAUCGAUAGAGGUUCUGGGAAAACUAAGUUAACUUCAUCGAAUUGACGAUACGAACCCUACUCACUCGAACAAACGAAUAUGCAAAACUAGUCUGAGGUUAGUAUGGUCCUUGUUUGGCCUCGUUAAAUGUUCAAUAUUUGCUUUACGUGUUUGCUAAAGAUGAUUUCCGACGAUGAAGCUGGUUUCACUCGACAAAUCCACUCGAUUGUAUCUUGAAAAUUGCAAAACAAAACGUAAAUACACGAACGAUAGCGAAGCAAAACCGACUAAGUCUGUUAGCUGUUAGAUGGAAGUAGAAAAUUACAAGUAAAAUGAGUAGCAAAUCGCGGAAUCGAACCCAGGACAUUUUCCAAGUAACUGUGUAAGAGAGAGCACAAACUCGCAUCAGCCUGGCAAUUAAUUCGAAACGGAUCGUAGGAAUUGUAAGGAUUGUAUUUGGGGCUCUAGCUUUUGGGCCUUGUGCUUCAGAGCACUUAGGCGAGAGCAUACCAAAAUAUAUAAAUGUACGAAUAUAUUAACACCUCACAAA